CUCGGUCCACUCCACUCAGCCCAAAAUCCGAUCCCCGGCCGUCGAUUGGAGGUAACCCGUCCAUCCCCACGCGCAGCCGUCGCCAAAUCCACCAAAUCCGCCGGAGCCAGAGAUCGGAGAGGGAGAAGAUGGUGCGGGUGGCGACCUUCUUCGGGAUGACCUUCGGCGCGUUCCUCUUCUGGGAGUCCAUGGACAAGGUCCACGUCUGGAUCGCCCUCCACCAGGACGAGAAGCAAGAAAGGAUGGAAAGGGAGAUGGAGAUAAAGAAGAUGCAAGCAGACCUAAUUGCUCAAGCAAAAGAGAGUGAAUCAUGAUUGUCUUUUCGCCAAUGGUUUCAACUAGUUGCUUUGUCAUAUUUUUACUUUCCAAGUGAUAAGCCUUGGCUGAUGUAUGCUUGACACCUCCAAUAAACCAAGUUGUUAUAACUUUAUUGAAUGCAAGAGGCUAUGCUCAUGUUAAAUCAUGUUUAGUUUAUAAAACAGCAUAACCCAGCUUCACUGCCUUGGUUAUGAGGUGUUGUUUUGAAUUGCUUAUGCAUAUUUUGUUGUUUUUUCCCGUUGUUAUAACUUUAUUGAAUGCAAGAGGCUAUGCCCAUAUUCCCGUUGUUU